AUGGCGGAUGGCGUGCCCCGAAAAAAAGAUGAUGAUAAUAAAUGUGGUGGUGGUGGUGAAGAAGACAAAGGUGAUGAUAAUGAUGGUUGUGGUGAAAAAGACAAACGUGAUGAUAAUGAAGGUAGUGGUGGCAGUGAAGUAGACAAAGAUGAUGGUUAUGAAGGUGGUGGUAAAGAAGACAAAGAUGAUGAUAAUGAAGGUGGUGGUGGUGAAGAAGACAAAGAUGAUGAUAAUGAAGGUGGUGGUGGUGAAGAAGACAAAGAUGAUAAUAAUGAAGGUGGUGGUGAAGAAGACAAAGAUGAUGAUAAUGAAGGUGGUGGUGGUGAAGAAGACAAAGAUGAUGAUAAUGAAGGUGGUGGUGGUGAAGAAGACAAAGAUGAUGAUAAUGAAGGGGUGGUGAAGAAGACAAAGAUGAUGAUAAUGAAGGUGAUGGUGGUGAAGAAGACAAAGAUGAUGAUAAUGAAGGUGGUGGUGGUGAAGAAGGCAAAGAUGAUGAUAAUGAAGGUGGUGGUGGUGAAGAAGACAAAGAUGAUGAUAAUGAAGGUUAUGGUGAAGAAGACAAAGAUGAUGAUAAUGUAUGUAUUGGUGGUGAAGAAGACAAAGAUGAUGAUGAUGAUGAUGAAGGUGGUGGUGGUCCAUGGUGAUGGUGAAGAAAAAGUCAAAGAUGAUUAUAAUAAAAGUGGUGGUGGUGGUGGUGAAGAAGAAGAAGAAAAUUUUGGUGAUUAUAUUGAAUAA